AUGUGGUUAGUCAGUGAGCGUCGGGGCCGAGCCGACGGCGACGGCACGGAGCACGAGAUUCGAAGCGCGGGAGAGCCGCGCUGCUCGCUCAGCCAGCGCACCGGCCACAGCACGGUGGAGUUCAAGAGUGCGGCGUGCGCGGGGGCCGUCGAGCCGCCCGCGCCGCCUCUCGCCGCUCUGCCGGACCCUCAACAGUUCAACAUUUUCCCGGCCUUCUUUAGCCGCCAGCUGAAUUUUAGCAGUAGCGGCGGCAGCGGUCAAGGCUCCAAAAUCAUGGAAGAACUGCGACCCAACUUAGUGGGAGGGCUACUCGGCGUGCCGGGUCUCCUGGACGAGCAUCAAUCGGAUGCCAAAUUUCUACAAGCAGGUGCGGAAAGUAAAUACACGCCAGAUAAAGGCCGGAAGUGCAGCAAUGCGUCAUCGUCAUCAGCCGAGGAAUUCGGAGGACUAUAUGGUGGUGAUCACGCAGCUACUCCACCAGCGCCACCUCUUAGUCGCUCUCUACAAGACCACACAGCCGAAGGAGCGUUCAAAAAAUUGAAACCUGAACCAGGCGGAACGAGCUCGUCGGGAGGCGCGUCAGCCCUCUCCCCCUCCCUAGGCCCGCAGCACGCUGGGCACACGCCCACUACAGCUUCUUGCCCCACGCCUGCGAGAAGACGCCACAGAACGACAUUUACACAGGAACAAUUAGCAGAAUUAGAAGCUGCGUUCGCGAAGUCCCACUACCCCGACAUCUACUGUAGAGAGGAACUAGCGCGAACGACGAAACUUAAUGAAGCAAGAAUACAGGUAUGGUUUCAAAAUCGUCGAGCGAAAUACCGCAAGCAAGAGAAGCAACUACAGAAAGCGCUUGCACCGGCGGUGUUACCCGGUUGCAACGGCAUGAUGCGAAACAUCCAGGGCUACAGGGGAUACCAGCCCUACCCGCAUCCCAACACUAUCAACAGAUACCCACAGAUUCUAAUUGUCGUUUAGCAUCACGGCAGCUACGAGGAGCUGCAGAAAGACAUCUUCUCCCUUUCACAAAUGGGAGGAGGCUCGUACCCGAUGCCACAGGGCUUUUCCAUGGGCCACAGUGCCAACAUGAGCGCCGUCGGUAUGCGACAGGACACAAUGGGCAUGAGUGCCGAGGACGAGUGGUACAACAAGUCCCUGUCCGCGCUACGAAUGAACAGCGGACACCACGCGAACCUGGCCGCCGCGCCCAUGCUGCAGUACCAGACCUAA